GCAAGACGUCGACAUCCGCAUCUUUCAUCCUCAUCUUGCUUUCGGCCUCCAUCCUCCUGCCUGCACCGCCUCUCUCGCUGUCGGCAACGACGACGGCGUUCCCUUUGUUCUGCGGCUGCCGACAUUCGCCACAGAUUGCUCGCGACGACGCAUGAACAGAACCAACGGUCUGGCGGGGCUCCUUUAGCGCUCCAAACGACCUAGGACAUCUCGGUUCCUGGUUAACUACGCGGACAAGGCCAGAUUGGCCAUUCGGCUGCUCCAAAGAGCAACAGGGCGAAUAGUCUUCACGGGAUUGUCGCGGCGAGAAAGAAGUGCAACUGUCCUUCGCUAUGCCUCCGACGUUGUCCGGCGGCGCAUUCGACACGCCACCAUCCACGCCACCGCGCGGUCGACAAUCAUCACGUUACCCUGCAUCGCUCACCCGUGGCGACACUGGACGUGUUCCAUUGCACAGGCGGGGGACGUCAAAGACAUACGAGCGGCUAGAAGACUUGCUACGGGAAGCGGGAUACAAAGAGACGCGCGUGUUCACACCUGAGUCGGAGCGAAAGGAGGCCCGAGAUGCAGAGAGUCGUAAAGGCAGUCUGCGUGGAGGCGUAGACUCGGUGGUAGGCUACCUCACGAGCUGGGUACCGGGGUCAGGCAGAACGGAAGGCGCCUCCCAUGCCAUGAGCACCACGCCCCCGCACGAACCCAGGCUACACUGGUCCCUUCCUCCCUCGCCCCUUGCUCAUAAGCACAAGCUCCCGGAUGAGAACGGGCGACCACGGAGUCCGCUCUCCGCGUCCCCAACCGCAUCGACUACCACGAUUGCGUCCUCCACCGACAGCUCGGACGGGCGCACCGUCAACUAUAGACACUACGCUAAACACGCACAAGCGCACAUUCCCGCUCAGCCACAGCUGCUCCGGCCAAAGACCUCCGCUUCAAGCAACCUCCGCACCUAUGCGCAGGUCUCAGCCGCGCAGGGCUACCUUAGACAUAUGGCCUCCGCGCCGAACAUGCCCAAGCGCCGCCCUUCGACGCGUGAGAUGUCCGUGGACCGCCAUUCCGUCUACGCCGUGGACCGUGGACAGCCCUCGCUCCCACCACGCUGGCUUGAGUCCGUCACGAGAGCGGUCGCAGGAGCGGGCGAUCCCGAAGCACAUGUCGGGGGCCCGCAGCCCUCCCGCAGGCUCAGUCGGACGUCCUCACGCGCUCCGCGUGCCAGAGAAAGGGGGGGCAAGUUCAUGCUGGCCGACCAGACGAACCGCCAGACCCGGAGUGCGUCGGGCGCGCCGCCGGGCCUCACAUCAUGCCUCGCGCGCGCGGAAGUGGCCCCGAGCACAGUCAGCACGGCGCAGGUGAUGUGCCGGUCUGCACCUGCGUCCCGCUCGUCUUCGCGCGUUGGCGACAAUGCACGGUCUGGCACACGGAAGGCGCCGGUCGGCGCGCGAAGUGAAGCCUACAGCUUCUCGUCGAGCCGGCCGAGUAAGAGCGACGGCGUACCCCUACUCGCGAGUACGUGCGUCGAGAACGACGCGUGGAGUACACAUUGGGUGAAUGGCCAUCGCGUACCAAUCACGGUGGCGAGCCCUAGCGACGACGGCGACGACGAGAUGUACUCGGGCGGAGAGGACGACGACGACGACGACGAAGGGGAGCUCACGUUGGCGCGGCUGCUCGUCCCGCCAAAGCGGCAGUACUCAAUUCAGAGCCUGCGGAAACAUCUGCAUCAGAGCCAAAGCCGGAGUAACCUGCGCGAGCGCGAAAACCCCUGGGACGAAGACGGCGAGACGCUUGGCGCGGUGGGGCGGGCGAUGCGGAGCCCGACGGACGACGAAGACGAUGAGGGAUAUGGGUGGCAGGCGUUGGGCAUGCCUGGGUUCAAGAGUGGGACCGUGAAGAGACGCAGCGGCAUCCCUGGAGGCUGGGCGGCGAACUUCACGAGUCGCUCAUAGCAUCUUCCGGUCGCACGUCUCAUUGGAAGGAUUAGGCUGUCUCAUACUAGUAAUGUAUCACCAUCAGCACCGACUCCGUUGCUUGCAUUCAUCACAGCAAAAAGGCUUCGUAUACAUCCUUCCUGGCAAUGACUUAUAAUGGUAUACUUAAUUCAUCUUGGUCCCCUUUGCCUUGCCACCUAGGACGUACAUUUCCGUACACGUACAGCAUGCACAAUCUUUCUCGCCCAUCAUAUACUCUUAUAAUGCUGUAGACGAAAGAAACGAGGACCCCUUAUAUCAUCGAUUGGAACAGUCA